CUCAAACCGGUGCCAUAUGGGACAGCAUGAGCUGAGGCGAGACAUGGACUUCUCCCGGCUGCACCUCUACAGCCCUCCGCAGUGUGUGCCGGACAACACGGGCUACACCUACGCGCUCAGCUCGAGCUAUUCUUCUGAUGCUCUGGACUUCGAAACACAGCACCGGUUGGAUCCCGUGUUUGAUUCCCCUAGGAUGUCCCGCCGUAGUUUGCGCCUGGUCAGGACGAGCUACUCCACAGGGGACAGUAAGGCAGGAGAUACGCACCCCUCCCAGGAUGGAGUACCAAGAACACUAAGACAGCGCAGAAGUGCAGGCAAAGCUGCUCCCAGUGUGAGCCCCGUGUCCCGGAGAGCUGCAGGCAGCCAGGGCGGCUCUCGCAGUGUGCGGGCUGCUGCGGCCCUGCAGCCAUGCGUGCUGGAUGAGUCCUUGAUCCGUGAGCAGACAGAGGUGACCCACUUCUGGGGUCUCGACGAUGAUGGUGACACUAAAGGUGCAGGCAAAGCCGUUGUUCAGGAAAACGGAGCCCUGGCAGUGGAGGCUGCCGAAGCCACUGGGCACAACGGGUACACCUGCAGCAGCUGCCGCCUGCUGUCUGAGCGCAGGGACACCCUGACCGCGCAGCCCACGGCCCACACGCUGGCCUCCAGGGUCUAUUCCCGUGACAGGAUGCAGAAGCCUCAUGCCGGUUGCUGUGGGAGCGUGAAUGUGACAGAGUGUCUCAGAGUCGAUGGCCGCCUCGGGGGCCGUGGCGAGUCUAUGUGCGAUGACUGUAAGAGGAAGCGGCACCUUGAGACACACACAGCCACCCACUCGCAGUCCUCCAGGCCACACAGGCUGGCAGGGACCAUGGGGCACCUCGGUGCCCGUGCAGGUCACUUCCUGGUGCAGACACUGCGGAGGGUCUGGGCUGCCGGGUGCCACGUGUCCAGGACGCUGUGGUCCAUUCUUUGGCUGGCUGCGGCGACUCCAGGGAGAGCAGCAUCUGGAAUGUUCUGGUGGCUGGGGAUUGGAUGGUAUCAGUUUGUGACUCUGGUCUCAUGGCUGAAUGUGUUUCUUCUAACAAGGUGCCUCCGACAUCUCUGCAGGUUUCUCAUCCUGCUCCUUCCACUGCUGCUCUUGCUUGCCGGAGUCACCUGGUGGGGUCAGGGUGGUUUCCUCUCUCCCCUGCCUGCGUUCAACUGGCCGGACCUGCAUAGAUCGCCGAAGGCUGAGCACCCUGGGGACGGGCUGGGACCUGGCGCCGCUCCCCUCAACCCUCCUGUCCAGGCAGGGGACACAGCGUUUCCGUGGCGCUGGAGGAGCAGCAUGGACCAGCAGGUGACGGCUCUGACUGGCCGGUGCCACACGCAUGACAAGCAGCUCCAGGAACUCACCCUUGAGCUGCACAAACUGCAUGCACGGCUGGACCAGGUGGACGAGGGCCGAGCAGGGCUGUCCUCGUGGGUCAAGGAUCUCAUCGGGCAGCAGCUGCAGGAGGCCGACUUUAUGACUUUGCAUCGUGAACAUGAAGUGCGCCUCUCUGCCUUGGAAGGGAUCCUUGGGGAACUGGCAGAGCGAGCCAAGGCCUUCCAGAAGGAGCUGCAGGAGGCAAAGCUCGCGGCAGCAAGUGAGGAGCAGCAGCACCUGCUGGCUAGCGUGAAGCACCUGGAGCUGGAGCUGAGCAGCUUGAGAGCACGUAUGUCAGACUGGCCAGAUUCACAGAGCGGCUGUCUGGAGGGAGACGCCCUGCAGGAAAAGGUACAGGCCCAGGUCAGAGAAAGUGUCAGGCUGCUGUUUGCUGAAGAGCAGCAGGACGAGGCGCUAGAGCAGCUGCUGCAGAGCUUGGCUGCGCGGUUUGUGAGCAAGGAGGACUUGCAGGCGGCACUGCAGGUGCUGGAGCUGCGCAUACUCACCAACGUCACUCAGCACAUGGCCGUGACCAAGCAGGCACCGACCUCCGAGGCCGUGCUGGCCGCCGUGGCUGAGGCGGGGCUCACUGGCAUCACAGAGGCGCGAGCUCAGGCCAUCGUGAACAACGCUCUGAAGUUGUAUUCCCAGGACAAGACUGGACUGGUGGACUUCGCUCUGGAAUCCGGGGGCGGCAGCGUCCUGAGCACCCGCUGCUCCGAGACCUACGAGACCAAGACAGCGCUCAUCAGCCUCUUCGGGAUCCCACUGUGGUACUUCUCGCAGUCGCCCCGCGUAGUCAUCCAGCCUGACAUUUAUCCGGGAAACUGCUGGGCAUUCAAGGGCUCCCAGGGCUACCUGGUGGUGAGGCUGUCCAUGCCCAUCUGGCCAACCACGUUCACACUGGAGCACAUCCCCAAGGCUCUGGCGCCCACCGGCAACAUCGCCAGCGCCCCCAAGGACUUCGCAGUCUAUGGUCUGGAAAGCGAGUACCAAGAGGAAGGGCAGUUGCUGGGACAGUUCACCUACGACCAGGAUGGUGACUCACUGCAGAUGUUCCGUGUCCUGCCGAGGCCCGACAAAGCUUUCCAGAUGGUGGAGCUGCGGAUCCUGUCCAACUGGGGCCACCCCGAGUACACGUGCCUCUACCGGUUCCGAGUCCACGGGGAUCCCGCCGAGUGAAGCCUGGCACUGCUGUGUGUAUUUCUGUAUAUACUAAGAGCCAGAAACACUGGAACCCUUCAGGAUGGAGGCAUGGCCAAUAAACGUGACCGGACACCUGUGUGGGUGCCAUGGUCUGACCGCAGCCCGCCUGCGUAGCACCUUCUGGACCCAUGUGCAGGGCGUGGCAGAGACGUCCAGCACACUACAGGGC